GGGAGCCGCCUGUUGCUCGCCGCGCUCGCCCGGGCCACGCCGCCCGCCCCGGCUCUGCGGCCGCGCCGCCUCGCGGGAGGGGGGCACGGACGCCGCCGCCCGCUCGCCGGCCCCGGGAUGGGCGCACGCACCGUCGUGCUGUUCUGAAGUUUCAAGGACUGGCCGGCUUAAGCGUUCCUGAGAAAGGUCUAGACGAAGCCAUGGCACUUCCUUUUCAGAAAGAGCUGGAGAAGUACAAGAACCUCGACGAGGAUGAGCUGCUUGGCAAACUCUCGGAGGAGGAGCUGAAACAGCUGGAAAAUGUUCUUGAUGACCUCGACCCCCAGAGCGCUCUGCUGCCAGCUGGAUUCCGGCAGAAAGACCAGACCCAGAAAAGCGCCACAGGCCCGUUUGACCGCGAGCACUUGCUCAUGUACCUGGAGAAGGAGGCCCUGGAGCAGAAGGACAGGGAGGACUUUGUGCCCUUCACCGGAGAGAAGAAAGGGAGAGUCUUUAUCCCCAAAGAAAAGCCCGUCGAGAAAAAGCCUGUAGAAGAGAAAGUGACCCUCGACCCGGAACUAGAAGAAGCCUUGGCCAGCGCCUCGGACACGGAGCUCUAUGACCUAGCAGCUGUUCUCGGAGUCCACAAUCUACUCAACAAUCCAAAGUUUAACGAAGAAACUCCUGGCACUGAUGGAGGCAAAGGGCCUAUAAGAAAUGUGGUCAAGGGUGAAAAAGUGAAGCCGGUGUUUGAGGAGCCGCCUAACCCCACCAAUGUGGAGGCCAGCCUGCAGCAGGUGAAGGCCAACGACCCCAGCCUGAAGGAAGUGAACCUCAACAACAUUAAGAACAUUCCAAUUCCAACGCUGAGAGAGUUUGCAAAGGCGUUGGAGACCAAUACUCAUGUGAAGAAGUUCAGCCUGGCUGCAACCCGCAGUAACGACCCCGUAGCGAUCGCUUUUGCAGAUAUGCUGAAAGUGAACAAGACCUUGGUAAGUCUCAACGUGGAGUCCAAUUUCAUCACCGGGACCGGGAUCCUGGCCCUGGUGGAGGCACUGAAGGAAAAUGACACCGUGACGGAGAUCAAGAUUGACAACCAGAGACAGCAGUUGGGAACGGCCGUCGAGAUGGAAAUUGCCCAGAUGCUGGAGGAGAAUUCCAGGAUCCUCAAGUUUGGAUAUCAGUUUACCAAGCAAGGGCCACGUACCAGGGUGGCAGCUGCUAUCACAAAGAAUAACGACCUCGUUCGUAAGAAACGAGUGGAAGGAGACAGACGGUAAUCUUGAAGAAGAAAAGUCUCACCUCGGCAGCCAUUCAAAAGCUCCUCUUCCUUGUGGGGACCAUUUUAUCAAAGGUUGUUGAUUUCCAUUAACCGUUCCAUUUACAAUUCAGUUGUCUUUCUUUUUUUCUUCUUUUUUUUUAGCACUCCUUAUUUAUCUUGAAUUUUUUAAUAUAUACAGUUAUUUGCCCCCAGACACCUCUGGCAACUUGCACUAGUGGACUUCUGCAGGUCUUAGCAGGGAUAGCAACUGGAAACACUUUAACCACCUUGAUGGUGACUUAUCUUGCUGGCUUAUGUGUGUGGCUUUUUUUAAAAAAAAAAAGACCACUGAAUUUCCUGUAUGGAAUUUUCUGUCUUCAUGUCUUUGUAACUGUGAUUGUGAUAGAGGCCUAAUCUCCGUUUACAUGCAUAGCUUUGAGUUAGGCUCACUGCAUCUGAAGUGUUCUGAUGACUACAUGCAAAAGUAUUGCCAAGAUUUCACUGGGUGAGAAACCAUGAUGGGCUUAGCACAGAUUCUCCCAUACUCCAGAAAUGCCGCCCAGUGCACGUGUCCUGCUGACCAAGAGUUGGCGGCAUCGUCUUCAAAAGAGCAAGACUGUGUUCUGAUUCUUUCUCAGAGUUAGAAAACAAGUAUACGGGCCGGAGCAGUGGUACACACAGAGUAGGAUGUUUGCCUUGCUCACCACCAACUCUGGUUCGAUCCCUGGCACCCCUUGUAUCGUUCCUUGAGCACUUCUGGGAGUAAUCCCUGAGCACUGAGUCAGGAACAAGCCCUGAGCACUGCCAGGUGUGGCCCAGAAACAUACAUACAUACAUACAUACAUACAUACAUACAUACAUACAUACAUACAUAAAGACAAGUAUAAAAUAUUUAGUAACCUACAAGCCAGGGAGAGAGAGUACAGAGUUAAGGUGCUUGCUUGCACAUGGCUUACUCCAGUUCCAUCCCUGCAACCACCUGUGGUCCUUGAGCAUCCCCAGAAAUGACCACUGAGCACAGCCAGGUGUUCCCCCUCUCCCCAGCCUCCCAAAAUACAUACCUAUGGGCUGGAGCGAUAGCACAGCGGGUAGGGCGUUUGCCUUGCACGCGGCCAACCCGGGUGUGAUUCCCAGCAUCCCAUAUGGUCCCCUGAGCACCACCAGGAGUAAUCCCUGAGCACAGAGCCAGGAGUAACCCCUGUGCAUCGCCAGGUGUGACCCAAAAAGCAAAAAAUUAAAAAAAAAAUACAUACCUAUAUAUGUAUAUAUAUAUUUUUAAACUUACUUGUUAACCCACUGAUAACAGCUUCAGGACAGAUUUCCUGAUAGCAAAAUAAGUUGGCAUACUACCUUCAUUAAUAUUUUAGCAUGAGUUUAAUUUUUAACAUCGCUCUAUGGAGAAUUUUUUUUACAAAGCUGUUUUGACAUUUUCCAGGCACGAUGGGAGAUGUGUGUUAGUAAGGGGAGGGAGGCCGUUAAGACAGCUCCCAAUGAAGCAAGAAUAAUUGCACUACACAUGAUUAUGUCGUGCUGACAAGUUUUAGAAGCAUCCAUUGCUUCAUCUUCAGUGUAAAAAGAUAAUCUCCAUCUAGCUGUGUUACAUCUUGUGCAAGCUAAAGAUAAAUGUAUAUGCAUAUGUAUAUAUAAUAUCUUUUUCACCAAAAAUCACAGGAUGAAGUAUAAUUGUUUAAGUCAGUCAUACAGACUUUCACUCACAGUCAGAGCAUCCAUACAUUUGCAAACAUCAGGAACUAGUGUGAAUUAUUGUUUACUCGAUGGUUGCAUGGUAGCAGGUAUUGAUCUGUCUGGUGCACCCAGCUGGGUUGAUGCAGUGCUGAUCUGAGGAAAUUGGCCUCUGGCAGUUCCCUGCAGCUGUCAUGUGGACACUGACCAGCACAGCCCCCUCCUCCCCUUUCAGUCUGUCUGCUUUCCGAUGUGAUUCCAUUAUUCCUUCUACUAAUGACUCCUGGAGCUAGAGCGAUUGCUAGCCCAGGCAGAGAAGGGGGACCUGGUCUAGAAUCUUAGAUGCAACUGAGUGCAUCUAAAUUGUAGGAAGUGGCAGCCAGGAAGUUAGUGGGGAGAUAACCUACAUAUUUGUUCUAGUUUGCAUUUAAAGCACAUGAAAAUGAGUUAGGAUAGCUUUUAGAACAUUGACCCUUCCCCUCUAUUUUAAGUAUUACAUCUGUCUCACACACACACACACACACACACACACACACACACACACACACGUAGGAAUCAUUUCAUUUUUCUGGAGAAUAUUUUAUAUAUGUUGAGAGACUAUUAAUCAGGACAUGUUGACACAUUUGGAGGCCUAAACAUCCUUGGGUUUGUUUUUUACCACACAUACUAAAUCAGUGUUUCCUUCUCCCUUUUUCAUGUUGGGGUACUCGUGAAGUCUGACUAGUCUUUAAGUGAUCAAGAUUUAAUAAACUAGGACUGGGGUGGUAGCACAGCGGGUAGGGCGUUUGCCUUGUACACAGCCAGCCCGGGUUCGAUUCCCAGGACCCCAUAUGGUCCCGAGCCUCACCAGGAGUAAUUCCUGAGUGCAGAGCCAGGAGUGACCCCUGUGCAUCACCAGGUGUAACCCAAAAAGAAAAAAAAAAGAAUUUAAUAAACUCAUUCUGAAACACAGCCAUUACUAAAAAUGAAAUGGUAGAACUUACAAUUGAGUUAUAUUUAUCUAAAAACAGCAUCACUUGGGGCUGGCCUGAAAGGUAGUACAGUGAGUAGGACAUUUGUUUGCCUGGCACACAGCUGACCCAGGUUUGAUCCCUGGCACUCCAGGAGUGAUCCCUGAGAAAAAUGCCAGGAAUAAGCCCUGAGCACCACCAGGCAUGACCCCCUAAAAAAGCAAACAGAACCAGCAACAUUCAAAUAUAACUUCCGAUUUUUAUGCUCUUGAGAUCAUUUUAAUCUGUUGUGUCUGUAGAGCAGAAAUCCCGAGUAUCUGUACAGCUGUUACACAUCUCUUCCCAGCUGGAAGCUCUGUUUAUUGUUGGUAGUUUGAAAUUUAUACCAUGGGAAAUAACAAAACGCUACAAAGCAGAGUCUUCCCACACUGGGUCACUGGUUGGUAAACAUCCACCACUGACCACUGGAUGAAAUGUGUACAGUUCUUUUUGUGUGUGUAAUCUGUUUGGGUCCCCUGUUGUCAAAGGGGAAAACAUUUCUCUCAGCUGUUUGUUGCAGAUGGAUUUAAGGGCCCUCAGAGUAAGGCAUUUUCCUUCUCUUUCUAAUUCAUUCUAUUACCUUCACCCCUAAAAGAUAUUGGAUCGUGGAGUGUUUUCUACAGCCACAAAGUGCUAGGGCAGGGGUGGUGGGGUAUUUGCUCAAGCCGUUCUUAACAAAUCCUGGCAGAAAGCAAGAAAAAAAGCCUGGAAUUUUCCAGGAAAUAUGCUGCAGUGAUCAACAGUAUUAAAGGAAGCUGAUAUUAUAACGUUUUAGCCCAGUUUUUCAGCUUGUAAAAUAGAUGGGUCCCAUGGAGUAGCCUGUAAAAUCAGAUAUUUCAUAUUGAAGAGUCUAUCUUAUCAAUACUCGUGUUUUUAAAGUAGCUGAAAGGAGACGUUUCCAUGAGUAUUCACAUAUUAAAGACAAACUUAUCAGGAGAUAAACAUAUUUUUUAAGAACCUGUUAUUUCAUGGAUAGGUCCAUUGGUCCAAAGCCUGUAAGUAGAAGCUUGGUUAUAACCACGUGCGUCAUUGCUUUCCUCGCCACUUGUCAUGUGUAUAAACUAUUUUUAUAUGUGUGCAUUUGCCAAAUAUAAUGUCAUGAUAUUUGGUAACAUCUGGGCAGUUGACUAAGGGAGAUAAUCAUUCCCACAGGUUCCUCCUGCCCCCUCCUAAAUUUGUACAGACUCCCCUGUCCCCUUCUUGUUAGGUGUGUAUGGGGGACGGGGGCGGGGGAAAUCCACCAGGAUUUGCUGGCUCCUCUGGUCUCCACCUGCCACAGCCGAGGUGGGAGAUGGCUUUCAGCAGAUGCAAGUUAGCCAUCUAGAGAGCCCGUCCUGAGUCCAGCCACCGGCAGUGUACCACUGGAGCUGUUUUAUCCUCAUCCAUGUGAAUAAAUCCCUUCCUUUCAUCUUGGAAGGAUAUAAUGUAAAUACGCAUCGUGUGCGUGCGUGUGUGUGUGCGUGCGUGUGUGUGUGUGUGUGUGUGUGUGUGUGUGUGUGGUGUAUAUUGCCACAUAUCUAAGUCACUAGGUAUAUGGCUACAUCUGGACAGAUGAUUGAAGGGAGACACCGUCUCCUCAGUCCCACUUCCUUGUCCUUUUUCAGAGUUGCUGCAGGCCCACGGGAAAGUGGAGGCUCCCUGUGGAGUCUGCGGUGUAGGUCGCCAGCCUCUCCCCAAGCCCCUAAAUUUCACCACAUAACUCAUAGAUAACUCAUAGAGCAUCACUCCCAUAGAGAUAACUCAUAGGGAAUAACUCUUAGCAGCCUAGAACUCAUGUCAUUGUUCGAGCCAAUCUCUCCAUGCACCUCGGUGUCAAAAAUGGACGCUCUCCAUUUCCAUGAACAAGGUCAAGCCCCUUGCUUCCAUCUGUGUAGGGUAUUUUGUAUAUAGGGAUUUUGUACAUUCAAAUGGCCACGUACCCUAAGGAGGUAUUUGGCUCCAUCCAGAACACUGAAGGGAGAAGCCGUCUCCCAGCCUCGGCUCAGGGCCUCGGCCACACAGACUGUCCUUCAUUGCCACAGCCCCUGUGGCUCUCCCAGCCCUGAGCCCUCAGUCCAGUGCAGUCAAAGCCCAUCUGACAUCAUUCCAGCGCCUGUCCUCUGCAACACUGUCCCUAUCAGGAAGACCACUGUGCUCAGAAUAAUGCCACGAGCAUGUCAGACUCUUUGCAGAAGGCAGGUGCUGUGGCCUCGGUCCUUUCCAGUGGCCAAAAAAUGAGGGGGACCUUUCCUUUUCUCAUGGAUGUGAUAUGCUUUGACCCAUCCUAGAUGACUUUACAGGAGACAGGAAAUAGAAAUAUGGAUUUAACAGGAAUUGAUAUAUUUCUGGCCUUGGACGUGGGGGGUAGAAUGCCUUUUCGAAAAAUUAGAUGCUCUCUCUCGUUCAGGUGAAUUAAUCACAUUAGCAAAAGUGGGAAGGGAGUUAGUUGCGAUUACUAGAUUCUGUGGCAUGUUUCUCCUCAUCUGAGGGACUGUUCCUGGCAUUGGGCUUUCAGGCACAAUUGGGAAACUUCCUUUCUCCCACGAAUGAUGCAGUAUCAGCUCUGGUUACUGUAAUGAGCAGAGAACUAAGAAGGGACGUUUGAGCUCAGCCUGUCCUCAAAGCGCAGAGGCAGGGACAGGUGCGAAGGGAAAGGCGGAAAGCUCUGGAAGCAGCAGCAGACCCUUAACGAGUGAGCAGGCCUCCCAGAAAGACGCUGCUGUGGAAAGAAGGAUCCAGAACCUACAGGUUCUUCACUGCCUCUCCCUCCCCACUGUAGCUCAGAUUGGAUUCUGUCUCUGCUUCCGAAGUUUGGUGAAAAGAACAGAGAGGCCAGAGCGAUAAUAGAGCGGGGCGAGGUGCUCACCUUGCAUGAACCUGGGUUCAGUCCCCAGUACCCCAUGAGCCCAGGUGGGUGCCAGAAACGGGGGUGGGGGGCUGAGUGAGGCGGGGAAGGAAGAUGGAAAGGAAGGGUUUUUAGUGUAACUCAAGGCCUGAGAUCAACUCAGCUUCCCCCCUCCUCUCUUGGUUGAUGAGGCAAAGGAGGUUUAACUCUGUAAACUGUCUCUGGGAAGUGUUCUGGGAGGGCCAUAGAGGUUACCCCGUUUUUUGCGAUGCAUCGCUGAUUCCGGGGAGGUUGAUGGAGACAAGACUUGGCCUAGAUGUCUCCCGCGGGAGUUAUUCUGAGCUCACUGGCUCCACUCGUGGGUAUGGUGGAAGGGCACCAUACUGCAGAUUUGGAGACUGUCUCCUAAUCCCAUCACCAACACUUAGCAGGUAUACGAUUCUGGGCAAUUCAUUCAAUUGCCUGACAAUUAUAGACUAUAUAGGGGGAAGAGCCCUGGAUUUAGGAGUCAAGACAUCUGGACCCUUGGCUCCAUGCUUUCUUAGCUGGGGGCCUGGGGGCAAGCCCCUAGGUUCUCCAGCUGUCUAAUGGGAAUAAUAUCUUCACUAACUACCUCACAGAGUUGUGGUGAGACUGUGAUCAGAUAGUUGAGUGAAAAACCCAGGGAAGGGUCACACCAAGUGGGAACUCACCUUUAUCAUAGAUACACUGAUGUUUUCCGCUGCCUCCUGGAUUGACUUAGUUUUUUUUCUGACCAGCACAUGUUUUCAAGUAUGGGGGAUUGAAUGUCGGUAGAUUAGUGAGAAGCGGGUUUUUUUUUUGUUUUUUUUUUUUUUACUUUCAACGUAGAGGUGGGAGCGGUUGAGGAGGAAUGUUCUAGACUAUUGAAAUGUGCACUUGGGCAUCUUCCUGGGUCUUUCUGGUAAGUACCUUGACCCUGGGACAUGACUGGAAUUUUGACACAGAGCCUAUGGCAGGACAUCAGGGGCUCUAUUCCCCUCCUGCCGAGCGCUGUCACCUCUGGCGGGCAAGGGUGUGGCCAACUACAACUUUUGAGGCAUAACUGGAGGCAGCGGAGAGAUUGUCCUUAGGGGUCCCGGAGCUGCUUUGUGAUCACCAGCAAACUCGGUCCUGGUCAGUGUUGUUUUCUGCUGGGCCCGGGUUGACACACACCUGCAGGAUUCUCAUCAGCGCUUGGAGUCAGGGGGUGUCCCCUGAAUCUUUGUAUCUGCAUGGCAUCUAGUAACGUGCCUUGUACAUCGUGGGUGCUUCAUAAACAUCACUUCGGUGGAGCCGUCCUCUAGCCCCUCAAAAGUGUGCCCCACUUGCCAGCAGGUGAUCUUUGGGGAAAACAGUUCUGAUGUGAAUGUCAGCGGUGUGUAUCAUUGGGCAGGAUUCUCCAGCUCGCUUAGCUUCAUUUUGUGCAUCAAAUGACACAUCUGGUUUUUAGCAUCUUCAGAAUCGGUCUGGAUGAGCCAUUUAACAAAUAUGUAAAAUUGGGGCUGGGGCAAUAGCACAGCGGGCAGGGCCUUGGGCAGGGCAGCGAACUCGGCCAAGCCGGGUUCAAUUCCCAGCAUCCCACAUGGUCCCCCGAGCACAGCCAGGAGAAAUUCCUGAGUGCAGAGCCAGGAGUAACCCCUGUGCAUCUCCGGGUAUGACCCCAAAAAAGCAAAGAAAAAAAAUUGGUUGACUGGAGAGAUAAUACAACUGGUAAGGCGCUUGCCUUACACAUGGCUGACUGGGGUUCUAUUCCCUGAGCCCCACCAGAAAUGAUCUCUGAGCACCAAUCCAGGAAUUAGCCCUGAACACUGCCAGGUGUGGCCCCAAAACCAAAAAUAAUAAUAAAGUAAAAAUAAAUCACAAAUAAAAUGAAUAAAUAGAAAAAUUCUCCUCAGAAAUGGUGGAGAGGAGAAAAUACAAAGAAGGAAACAGUACACAGAAUUUUUUUUCACAGGCUUUUAUUUGAAAUCUGUGUGUGUGCAUGUGUGUGGGUGGGAGGGGGUAUGCAUGCACGUGUGUGCAUGCGUGCGUGCGUGUGUGUGGUGUGUGUGUGUGUGUGUGUGUGUUUCUGAGCACAUGUUGACUGGGUAGAUAACAGAGAAUCCAAUCAGAAAUGUGCCCUGAUUGAGAGAAGCUGACCCAGGAUCAAAAACUGCCCAUAUCGAUCAAAAUAUGAAUGGAAAGGAAUUGACCAUGGGGUGAGAUGUGUGGAAUGAGAUGGAUAAUAAGAUGCUGUUUCAGGAAAUUUUAUUUUAGUAAGCUAAUGUUGCCAGAGACAAUCUUUAGUUAAGAAGGAAUUUAUUCCAACCUGAAAAUUCUGCCACUUUGGUUUUUCUAAAACAAACAAAAAACUCACUAUAUUAUAGUCAUGGAAUAAUAUUUAUAUUUUAAUUAAGGCUUUAGAUUUUGUUUCUUUUUUUUUAGAAAAAUAAACAGCAUUUUUCAUUGUACUAAAAAAUGUAAAAUACUUGCAUGCAACCAAUCUGUAAUAUUUUAUCAAUAUGGAUGCCUAUUAUGUGACUUUCUGUGUGCCUGUAUUGUUUUAAAGAGAACAGUGGAAAUAAUUCUUUGUAAAUGAAUUAAUCUUAAAUUGGGAAUAUUUGUUUGACUAAGCAGUUACUGAAAAAUCCGCAAUUUCAUGUCUCAUUUUGACAUUUUUCAAUCAAAAGUAGGCACUUAUUAUAUUCACUAGGAAACUGAAGGUUAAUUUAAUUUGCCUUUUAAAUGUAAACUUGAACAUUGUGUGGGAAAUAAAUGUGUGAUAAAACAAAAUGUA